GGAAGGCGAAGGGUCAAGGCGUCUGGCACUUCAGCUUGUCCCGCUUGCUUAUCUGCUCCUGGAUGUGAUUGCUUAUUUUGUUAAAUUCGGUGUUUCAUUUGAUGAGAUGUCAUCUCUUGCCAAGGCUUCAAUUUAUCUAAGGGACUGUGUAGGAAGUGGACUCAGCAAGCACCAAUUCAAGCUUCUUUGUAGUGUGUUUAAUGUGACAACUUUGGUGUUGUCAGGUUUCCAGACAAUGGUGAUCAGUGAAGAAUUCCCAGAAUUCCGUAACCUUUUGACCUUGUUAUUGGAAAAAUGUGAUCUUAGUGAUAACUUCCAGAUGUUGGCAAACUUUCUUCAGCAUUCACCUGAUUUGGAGAAGCUCACUUUGGGCCGUUGCAAGUUCUCAAAAGAUCCCAAGAAAAAGAAAGGAAAAGCCAGAUUGAGCAAGGGGUGUCUGAACCAGUUUAACGUCCGGUGCAAGAACCUCAAGCUUACUGAAAUUAUCUAUGAAGACGACGAUGCGAAAAAGGUGGUGGAACUUUUGUGGAGCAUGUCAGGGGACCUGCCCAAGAAUUACAUAAAACUCACCAAGGUUGACCCGGAUCAUCCUUAGUCCAGGUCAUCUGGCACUUGGUCACACAGUGGCUUCUAUGAACUUUGCUUGCAUGCCUCCCCUGUGUUUAGACGUCCUUAGUUGAACUGCUGGGCGUGUUCUUUUGGACUCAUUUCUAGAUAAUUUAGUUCUACGAGCUAUGGUACUUAUUUUGUGUGGUCUGCAGCUCGAGACUCUAGUCCUUAUGGUGUAAGCUUGCAUGCUUCAAAGGGAACAGAAAAUUGCAUGUUUGCUUCGUUUCCUUGUAUAUCCGGUUUCAAGUUUGGUGGA